AACAACAUCAAGAAGAAUAAACAAAUAAAUAAUUCAUCUUUAGAAAGUAAAGAAAUUGAAUAAAAAACAACAUCUGCCAACAGGCAACGAAUUCAAGAAGGAAGACUUCUUCAAUCAGUUCAUUGAUUAAAGUACAACAAAUAUUUUAUGUGUGAAUUUUUUCUACAUUUGCCAGCCAACCAACCAACAACAUUUGUCACAUUAAAUUGAAAAAAAAAGAAUACAAGGGGUGCGUGAGGGCGCAACAGAAUUUUUUAUUAAUUUGCCGGAAAUAAAAUUUAAUAAUUAUCAAAUUUGCCUUAUCGGCCUGCUGUUGAAUUUAAUUAAGAAAAAAAACUAUUAGUAAAGAACACCUUCAUUAUGGAUGAAUUACACUCAUGGAAUAUUCACGAUGACAUGAAUUUGUACAUUACACCAGACCGUAUUAUGGUGGAAGUCAAUGCAAUGGACAAAGUAUUGAUAAUCGAUCGUGUUUCAAGUAUGAUUAAAGUGCAAUUAAACAAAAAAGAAUUGCAAAAUCUCUCACCCAAUCGUCGUGUAUGUGGCAUCUUGGGCACCAUACGUCUAGUGGCCGGAGAUUAUCUUCUAGUGGCCACACAUCGCCUAUACGUUGGUAUAAUUAAUGGAGCUGUUAUAUGGCGUUUGGCUGGUUACGAUAUUAUACCAUACAUUCCAACAACUACGCAUUUGACACCGAAACAACGAGAACAUAAUGAAACCUAUUUGCAAAUGUUACGAAAAACCUUAGAUACGAAUUAUUUUUAUUUCUCCUACGACGAGCGUUACGAUAUUACCCAUUCGGUGCAGCGUAAAUGCAAUAUGACAACGGAUCUGAAUAGUUUAAGUAUAAUCGAAAGGGCGGAUAGUCGUUUUGUGUGGAAUGGAGCAUUGUUGAAUAAUUUCCAGUGCAAGGAAAUGCAACAGUUUCAAUUGCCUUUAAUAUUGGGAUUUGUUUCCAUUAAUCAAGUGCAAAUAAAUGGACAAACCUUUGUUUGGUCUAUUGUUUCAAGACGUUCGAUACACAAGGCUGGCACUCGUUUUUAUAGUCGCGGCAUUAAUGUUGAUGGCCAGGUGGCUAAUUUUGUGGAAACCGAACAAAUUGUGGAGUUCAAUGGGGAGCGUAUUUCAUUUGUUCAGACCCGUGGUAGCAUGCCCUUCUUUUGGCGUCAAUUGCCCAAUCUACGCUAUAAACCCAGACCUCACCUUAUUCCUGGCCCCGAUCAUAUGAAUGCUUUUAAUCGCCAUUUCGAGGAACAAAUUGCAAAAUAUGGCCGUCAAGUUUUAGUUAAUUUGGUCGAUCAAAAGGGUGCCGAAGGAGCUCUCGAAAAUCACUAUCGCACCUUUGCCCAAAAACUCAACAACUCCAACGUUCGCUAUGAGGCUUUCGAUUUUCAUGCUGAAUGCAAAAAAAUGCGCUGGGAUCGCCUCAACAUUCUCAUCGAUCGUUUGGCUCAUGAACAAGAAGAAUUCUCAGUUUUCCAUAUUCGUGACGAUGGCCGCGUUGUGUCCACACAACAUGGUGUCUUUCGUACCAAUUGCAUUGAUUGUUUAGAUCGUACGAACGUGGUGCAAAGUAUGUUGGCACGUCGUUCAUUAAAUAGUAUUCUACAGAAAUUGGGCAUUUUGCAUGUGGGCCAAAAAGUGGAGUCGGCAUCGCCGCAAUUCGAUUUGAUUUUCAAGGGUGUUUGGGCCGAUAAUGCCGACAUGAUUUCGUUGCAAUACUCGGGUACGGGAGCGCUGAAAACCGAUUUUACUCGCACGGGCAAACGUACGACGGCUGGUUUGGUACAGGAUGGUGUGAAUUCGAUGACACGAUAUUAUUUGAAUAAUUUUGCGGAUGGUUUUAGACAGGAUGGCAUUGAUUUGUUUUUGGGUCGUUAUACUGUUACUGCCGCCUUGCCUUCGCCUCUGGAAGUCAAACAUACCUGGCAUUAUAAUGCGUUCCCUUCGAUAUUAAUCUUCUCUAUAGCCAUGCUUUUCUUGACCGCUCUGGUACCUUCCGAAUUCAAUACAGAAAAUCUACUAUUUAUGCUGUUCUGGGGAGCCUUGAUAGGCGUCAGCAUCAGUGGUAUCUUCCAUUAUGGCCUGGAGUUUGUGGAUUGGCCUCGGCUUUUUCGGCCCAUUAAAUUUCAAGUCUAACAUUAGUGGAAAUGCUGGUUUUCAUGAUAUUUUUCGUGUAUAGUUAAAUGAUAAUGAUGAUUUCUUUGUCCCCUCCAAGAAAAUUACAAAACAACAAGCCUAAAAUAUGUCCAUGCUAAAUAUUGUAUUGUAUCUGCGUUUAUAUAAAUUUUUUGCAAAAUUAGUUAAAAUUAAAGUCUAAAGCGCCCAAACAAUUAUGAAGCUGUUAAAUAAAUUAAUUAAAUACAAACAAACAUCCUCAAUAACGAGUAUCUUCUACUACAACUACAACUUUCCACUUUAUUUUAAAUUUAAAAAGCCACUAAUAUUUUCAUUUAUUGAUAUAUUAGUUAAACUUUUUUUUUAGUAUUAAAUAAAUUUCAUUUAUUUUAUUCCCAGUUGGUUUUUAAGAAUUUGUUUUCCUAUUUCUUUCUCAUAUUUACAUAAUGUUAAUUUCGUUGUACGUAUUAAUAUUAUUAUUUUUUUGUUGAUUUAAGUUAUAAAUAAAUAUUUUGUUAAAGUAUCAUUGGUUUAAAUAAAAUAGUAGAGUUAAUUUCAGAGAAAAAAAA